UUUUAGGGUGGAAUUUCUCCAGAUGGGGCGGUGGAUUGGUCACCUGACAAGACUACAACCAGCUGGGUAAACAUGGCGUCUGUCUCUGGAUGUGAAAAUUACAUGUAGCGCUUGUCUCUGUAAACGGUGUUUCUGUCGCACCGACGUUUCGCACUGUAACCCAGGACACAGUUACGUGCUGGAGUCGACGCAUGAAGACAUGAAGGAGAGCGGGAGUAAGGCGUUUCACUGAUGAUCCUUUAUAUUUUUUCUUCCUGCACAGCAUGAAUGAUCUGAUGCCUGCCCGGAUCCUCUGAUUGGCGCAACAUAAUUGCUUUUGUUAACGGAGACACUGAUUUGUAUUUCUGUCGAGGACUCUACGUUUAAUUUAUCGGACAAUUAUCAAGUCUCUUGUUCUGUGGACUCUCUUCAGCAGGGGCUCAGCUAGGUUUUGGGCCCAUUCUGCUCUGGGACCCCCUUUUAAAACGUAUAAUCAGCUUGAAUUUGUCUGUGGACCAUCUCCAUCUCUGGCAAUCUCCAGUUUAUUAACCUCACUAACAAAUGCGCAGCAGAAUGGUCCAUCUGACUGCACUUUAUGAGGCUGCCCUCCACUGCUGUGCUCUGACAGCUGGUUUAUGACUCUUCACUGUGUUGCUCUGUGUGUUGUGUUUCUCAUGCCUUGCUCAAUAACACCACUAUGAUAGGCUCACCUGACGUGGUGGCUUUCACUAAAGAGGAUGAGUAUGGGCAGACGGCUCCUGACCCCUGGGCUCCCCCCGAGGAGUUCUCUGUUCCUCUCUAUCCGCUGGCUGACUCCAACCCCUGGGCUAAAACCUCUUAUGCUAAGUUCACCAAAGACUUCAUCCUCAUCUCUGAGUUCUCUGAGCAGGUGGGCCCUCAGCCUCUCCUCACCAUUCCAGAUGACCCCAAAGUCUGUGGCACUUUCGAUCUCAACUACUUCUCCCUGCGCAUCAUGUCAGUGGACUACCAGGCCUCAUUUGUGGGACAUCCACCCGGCACUGGCUACCCAAGGCUCAGCUUUGUGGAGGAUUCGAGGGUGGUGCUAGGCGACUCAAAGGAGGGGGCGUUCGCCUACGUUCAUCACCUCACGCUUUACGACCUGGAAGCGAGAGGCUUUGUGCGACCGUUCUGUAUGGCGUACGUCUCUGCAGACGAGAGGAAAAUCAUGCUGCAGUUUCAGGAGCUGUCCCUCCGCUUCUCUCAGGCCUCGGAGUGUCUGAAGGCUGGGAACAGGAGAGCAUUUGCCAAGGAGCUCCAGAGGAAGCUCCGGGACCUGGAGUACACUCACUCUGUGCUGCAGAGGGAGGAGGGCCUGCAGAGAGAGGCGGGGCCUCAGCGCAUGUACUCUGCUCAUGCUGUGGAGAAGGCCAAUGAGCUUGCAAAUGUAGAAAAGAGCAUCUACGAACACAGAGACCUGCUGAGACAGAUCAGCUCCUACCAUCACCGACCGCGCCGAGAUCCUCACGCCGUCACCUGCCAGAAGUGUAUUACCGAGUGCUUGAGUGAGUGCGAGCAGCUUUUAGACAAAUACGCCAAGCUUGCCAGGCCCUUCAGUUACACCGACAAAGGGGAGAAGGGGCAGGAAGGGCAGUUUCAGGUCAACAAUGAAAGAGGUGAAGAGGAUGCGGAUGAGGUGGAAGAUGAGGGCGUUAAACGUAGGCCUUCCUACACGCCACAGCUGAUCAAAGCUAAGUCCGCAAAAUGUUUUGACAAGCGCCUGAAAACCCUGCAAGAGCUGUGCAACAUUACUUUCUACGAGGCCACUGUGGCGCUCCUGAAGGAGACGGAGAGGGGUUUUCGGGGGGACCUGUGCUACCUGCAUACCCGCCGCCUGGACAUGGCACUUCGCAGGAAACAGAGAGUUACCAAUUUCCUUUUUGAGGAGGACCUCGGAGAUGAUGAUGAUGAGGGUGAAGGGGGAACCCUAAAAUCAUUCUGUGCUGUGAACCAUACUGUAGAUAACUAUACUCUCUUAAAUCCACCUCAUAUCGUGCUCGGACCAGAACCUCUAGAGCUCGAUGCUCUGGAGCCUCCAGGCCCUCUCGACCUCACCUCAGAGACCAGCCAUACUCAAGAGACUGAGCUUGGGCUUGUGGAAAGCCAUCUUGAUUCCUCCCCCUCAGACCAGACCCUGGAGACUCAAGAGAGCUCGGAGGAGACCAAAGGAAGUUGUAGCAGUGAUAAGAGCGAGAUGGGUCUCGCAGAGAGGCAACAGGAUCUUACUAAAUCAGAAGCCCCUGAUCCUGAUUCUGACCUUAUCCUUGACCCGGACCACAACACUGACCUAGAGAGAGAGAGCAGCAGCGAAGAAAUGGAGACUACUGCUGGGGAUGAGGGAGACGAGACACCCGUGUCUCUGCUGGAGGUGGUGUCCGAGCUGGAGGCCACCAGGGAAGACGAGUUUGAGGGACUAACUGAUGGGGCUUCUGAUUUGUUGGUUCCUUUGGACUCAGCAUGCUGUAUGGCCCAAGAGGGUUUCCUUUAUGAGGCUUCUGCCCCAGAGGCAGUGCCUCGUCUUGGCCAAAGCUCCCACCCACAUCCCUGUCAAAACCUGGUGGUCAACCAGGAGCCCCAGGCCCAACUGCCCCUUCAGGACGAGUACACGGUGGGUUCUCCGUGCUCAGAAAGCCCUGUGACUGGGCUGGAGCUGCCUGUUGGGCUCCUUGGAGAUGCAGUUUCCCGUACCUCAAUGGAGGAUGGGUCAGACUGUACGAUGAGUGCUUCUACAGGGUCCGAUCGAGCUGCCUCGCCUCUUGGCUACGGGGGGAUGGUGACCCUGCGUCAGAGGAAGAAGGCUGGACAAGGAGCCUUAAAGUUUGUGCGACAGUACCCCUUUGCCAUGCAAGCUCUGUGGUGUCUGCUGAGCGGCAGAACCCUGGUGGUGCUCGGGGCAGAUGAGGGGAGAGUCCGCCGGCUGGUUGCUGCUCUGGCUCUCUUUGUGCCCGGACCUCGGAAGUGUGGAGAGAGAGUUCAAGCCUGGCUGUCCUGCCCCUUCACCCUCACUGACUUGCAGAGGUGGAAACUCAUUGGAUUGCAAAGAGUGGCGUCCCCUGUGGGUUCCAGCAUGCUUUACUCGCUGUCCCGCUACAGUCGCUACAUCUCCAUCCUGGAUGCCGACCAGAAGACCUUGCGCUGUCCGCCAUAUCAAGGCCAACUCCUUGCCAACAUAGCUGACCACCGCACCUAUGUCCGCCGCGGUUCCACCUACUUCCUCCAGUUACAGAGCACGCUCUGUCAACUGGCAGCCAGGGCCUUCCUAUUGACCUUCACCCACCACCUUCACCUGCCGGUCAGCUCCACGGAGGGACCCGAAGUUGUGGAGGGCCGACGCCGCUGCUUCCUGCAGGAGCAGCUGGGGCUGGGAGAGGAGGACAGUCAGAUACUGCUCUACCUCAGCCAGCUCAUAACUCAGCAGUACCUAAAGCCCGCCACCGGGAGCAGCGCAGCAGCAACUUCUUUUAGUUUCAACUACACCACCAAUGUUUUAUACAAAAUCUGAUAUUACACUGGGACGAAGAUUCCCACACACGUUUUAUCAAAAGUCAUCUUUAACCCUUUACUUUUUUUAAUGGUUUUAUUUUCAGAACAAACUCUGCACUUGUUUUAUUAUCUUAUGUAAUCUCUCUCUCUGCCUUGCUGUCUUUUUCUCUGGUCUCUCUCUUUCCUCUGCGGGCAGGAAAAAGGAGACAGAGUGAGUUGUGAAUGUCAGUGAGCCGUUCACUUAUUCUGUAUUUGGUCCAGAGGACGUUCACAAACACCAGAAACAGAGCACACGAAGGUCGGUUCUACUUAUUGUCUAUGAGUCAUUUGUUUUUCAUGGGGGAACAAAUGGUUGUUUAAGGUCAGCCCCCCCCCCCGCCUUCUCCUCAGCACACACACACACACACACACACACACACACACACACACACACACACACACACACACACACACACACACACAGACAGAGUGUGCGUCAAAUGUGCUGGUCUGACCUGAGCCAGCUAGGUUAAAUCACCCACCAAUCACUGAGCAGUUUGUCAGCUAUGAUAUAAUAUCAGCUAUGUAUAAACAUGUUUUUCAGGAUUACUGCAACAAAUUUAAAUAUGCUGACAUUGUGUGCCCGUUGAGAGCAGACGUCUAUCCGUGAAACCGUAUUAGCCCAGCGCAGGCUUGUCCCAGCUGGUUUUGUGACAUGCCUCUCUCUUUAAAAAAUAAAAUACCACAUAACUUCCAAAACAUUUUUGAAGCCUAUGCUUUUAUUUUAUUUUAUAUUUCUUUUGUGAAUCAAUUUAAAACACACAUUCCUGCAGUAAUCUCCGUUUUGUUGCAAAUAGAGACACGAUGUUGGAUUUUAGCUGAGACGGUUUGACUUUUGUGAGCAUGGAGUAAACAUUCCCAGCUUUCAGGUUGGCGAUGCAUGAAGAAAUAAUAUUCGCUACGUGAAUUAGAUCCAUUCGGCCCCACGUGAUAUUUGCAUGUCCGGAAAUAAUGUCAUCACGAUACAUACCCACCCAUGUUGGGCCAGCGGCAGCCAAAACCUGUCACUAUUAAGUGCUGGCGAGCAUUUCUCAUGGAUAUUACUCACACAGUCAGGAACAUUUUAAAGCUACUUAAACCUAAAUGUAUUGAAUUUCACUGUUGUCUUAAAAGUUGUGAGAGAGUGUAGUGGUGUCAGCAUGAGACUGUCUUGUGCCAGGGUGAAUCACCAUAUUGAUAAUAUUUCUGUUUUGUUGUAUUUGGAUGAAGUGACUCGGAGAAGAUGCUGAAACGGUUUGAGAUGUUGCUGAGACAGUGGUGUAUAGAUUUUAUUAUGGGGAAACAAUGCUUUCCUGUGCCAUCAAAAGCAAGCUUGACACUUGAAUUAGGACAGUUGCCUAUUAUUUAUGUUCUUCUGAACAACCCUUGCUGGAUGUGUGAUAUGAACAAAACUCUUCUGUAUUUAUUGCUUUACGACGACAUUUGGAUUAUGACCAUCAUGCUUAAUACACCCAGAUUUUCUCUUUGGAGGAUGCUGGAGAAAGGUACGAUAUCUUUGAAGUUCUGCCACAUCGGCCAGUUGAGACAAUUAAGAGGCGUCUUUGAUAGUAUUUUAGAUUUGACUAAUUCUGUGGCGUCAGUGAUGGAGCUGUUAUUCCGUAUCUUAGAAUGGUAACUGUACUUGUGACUGCAUGGUCAGACUUUUAAUGUGGAAGGUCAAAAAACGUGCUGCCCUCCCUGCUUCGAACAAGACCCUUUUUGAUUUUAACUAACAGAAACCUGACAUUUUUAAUUCCACCUAAUGUAUUAUUUCAGUUUAAUGCUUGAUAUUUUUUUUUUUGCCACGUGAUAAACAUUUUUUGACUGCUUGAAUAACACAUUUUACGGCUAAGAUGUUACAGCAAACCUUUUUUUUUUUUUGUCCCUCUAAUGCAAAAAGGUGAAUGUAAUCUGAACAAGCCAUACCACAGUGUGCUUAACAUGUCGUCACUCAGUGUCCUUAUGUUGCCAUAUCAUGCCCACCUUUUGUAUCUCAUCACGAGGGGGGUGUCGUGCUCACUUCGGCCCUGUGAGGCGCCGUUGUUGCCAGUUACUUUAAUAAAGCACGUUGUGAAUGUCUUUGACGCUUUAAUGUUAAUGUUUAUGAUAUUCAUUCAUUCCAUUAAAUUAUUUGAAUCCA